GGAUUCUUAGACAUAAUUGCAAAUCACUCGUAUCAUUUGAACACUAAAUUGCACUUAAUUCUGAUAAUUUUUGUAUAAAUAUCUUCACCACCAACUCUUCAAAUGGCCUUCCGUGUGACAAUGUUCAUGAAUAUGCAAUUUCUACUAAUGCUCUUUGUUCUUAGCCUUCUAGUCAUCUUUAUUGAUGGGAGCAACGAUGGCAAGAGCACCUUUGAAGUUGCAAUGAUGAAGACUGAUUCUGGUAAAUUAAUCCCACCACCAUCUACUUUAGAGUCUCAUAACCAAUUUAAUGAUAACAAGUUGAGAGGUGUUUGUAUACCAAGUCCAUCAUCAACAUGCCGUGACACAAAAGCAGCAGAAACGCCAUGCUCUCGGUGGGGCAAACAAGGAGGAGGGGGCGAUGGAGACAUGGAGUCAUCGGCUGUAAACGAAGAGGGCCACAAAGAAGGGCAGGGGUCAACGUGGAGGCCACAGAAUGGAUCGAAUAACGAUGGAUUUGCUGAAGUGGGGGGCUAA